CCGACUAAUAUGGCUUGCAGCAUUUAACGCUUGUUGAACUAAGUCUAGUUCAAACUCCAACCACUACCUAUGCUCGCUUGGUGCUGGUACUUGCAUUGUCUUCUUCGCAUCAGUGCUGUUGUGAACUUGCCAAAAUAGUCAGUGACAUCAGCGCUUCUUGAUGCGCAUCUCAUCCAACCUUCUUUCGAGCCAGGAUUUACAACGUCUCCUUUCCAGCUCUAACGCUGUAAAGCACGCGCUUCAUGCUCCUUCACGAUUCGCGACACGGUAGCCAUCCCCAAGGCGCCUCGACAUCCACUUCAUUGCUCUCCCAGUGCAGAGACCGUUCAUCCACCUUAACCACCUUACGGCCCGCUAAGAAACCUUAUCCAAAAUUACACUUGUCGCCCUUUACAGCAAGUCAGCAUGGCAAGCGACCUCAUACAUCAGAUGGGCGGGCAAAAUCACCAACACGACCCGCUCAUUCACAUGGGCACGCCAGCCCAGCUAGUCCCACGCCCACUGUUCAUCCGUCAGGCUUUCGUGCUCAGCUUGCGCAUCUCUUGCCUCGACAUGCUGUAUUUCUCUUGAGGCUCACCAUACAUGAGCUCAGCAACGUUCCUCUUGUCCACGGAGAAUUUGAGGUGCGAUGGAAGUUUAAGGGGGUAACUUCUGGCGGCGGUCUAUUGGGCAAAGUGAAGGGCAGGGGCAAGGCUAUGGGAAGCACCACCCCGAACGGAGGUGCCAACUCAGCUAAAGGGAAGGAGAAAGAGAAGCCCCACGAAGGCGAGAUGGACGCAGCCGGUGCUGUUGAUGCCUCAGACGCCCAUAGCGUUGCCAACUCCAACUCAACCCACUCACACGAUGCACCCAUUCCCUCAGUAAUCGUAUCUGCAAACACACUAAUAUCCCCUGGUACAUCAUCAGCAUCACCCCAUUCCCGUCUACAUAACGUCAAUGUACCACCACAAUAUCUUUCCGCUGACUGGUUGCCCCAAACUGCCCCACCGGACCCGACACCAUCUCUGGCUAAAUCCCCUCCGACGGCAUAUUCUCCAGCCAAAGGUCACACUGCGUUUGAACAGCUAAGGGACCACGGCGUCGAAUGGGAACAGACGCUUGAUAUUAUGGUGCAGAUGGGUAUCGGUAGGGAAACCAACGAGCUUGGCGGUUGCGAGGCGAAAUUUAUCGUGAUGCAGCGAGUUAUUCCAGGCGAUCCAGAUGCACCACGAAAUCCCCGGCUCGGUGCUGUGAGCAUAAAUCUUGCUCAAUAUGUCGACGCUGGAGUUGUCACCCGCCGAUAUUUGCUCAGGCAGAGCAAGACCAACGCGACGCUCAAGCUCACUGUCCAACUGGAACAUAUUGGGGGCGAAUCGUCAUAUAUUGCCCCACCUCUUCCUAAAGGAGAAAUAUUGAGUGGGAUCGCCGGUUUGCUAGACAAGGACGUCUUUCGAACACGACCACGCACCAUUGACCUUUACGCUCACGACAUCUCCUCAUCCUCCUCGUUAUCCACUAUUUCAACCAACUCAUCGGGAAAACGCGGUCGAAAGAAGAAAAGGCAGAACCCAUUGGAUGCGAACCAGCUUCCAAAUACUCGUGGCGUCCACGGGACGGAGAAGCUGAUCGAAGCAUUAUUUAAUCCAGCGCCAGUCACGCGACCAGGACUCCUCACUCCGUUUACAUACCUACUUGAGCCGGAAGUGCAGGAGCAUGACCAGUCUCGAGAAGGUACCACGGAGGAUGGUCACGUCUGUGGCGAGGAUGAGGAGAGACUCGCAGAAGAGUCUCUGUAUAUGCAUUCUGUGGACCACAACCAUCUUCCGGUGCGCCAGGACUCGGAGAGCGACUAUCAGAGCGUUCACUCAAAGUGGUCCCGCUCAUUACGUGCGCCUUCCAUGAAGAGCAUACGGUCCGUGAAUCGUUCAGGCGUCAACGAGCUCGGAGUGAGCACUGCUAUCUCGAAUACGACUAUCGUCGAGAAGCGGGCUUGGUGGAGGAAGGUGCUUCGUGCGGAAGCUGCAUCAUAAAGAGUUUUCUUACAUCUUAUCAUUGCUUUUCUUGUUAUUCGGGUUUUCGUUACUGCUCAGGGAGGAUAAUUGGGUUUUCAUUUAAAUCUAUAGCUAUUGGCAUUCAUCACACUCCUAUUACGACCAUCGUUCAAACGUUCAUCUACCACUUAUAGAUCGCAUCGCAUUGGUAUGGUACAUAACCAUGUCUAGAUAAUUCUUGCGACACAGGGCGCUGGGCGCCGAAGUAUUCAAACCAAUAUCCACGAGUGAUUUGAUUGCAGAAUCAUCGACGCAUUAUCUAGGAGUAUAUGGUACAGAAUGGCUACGCUAGCCUAUCUGCUGAAUCUGUCACCUAAGAAAGCAUACAAGAGUAGACCUCACU